AAACACGGCGAGGACAAAGCAAGAUGGCGUCUGACGGUGAAGACGUUAUUGCAGUCGUCACAGUUCAGUGUUCUUAAUCUGUGCCUCCAUGUACACAUAUAUGUCCUUUAUUAGACUCUUGUAAAUAGAGUAAACAUCGUUAAUAACUGUUUGCAUCCGGUUAUAUUAGUCUGAGCGCACUUUGAUGCUUCUCGAGCUAGCUUAGCCUGCUAGUUAGCUUAGCUUGUUAGCUGCUAACAAAGAGAGGCGGAAGUGAUCAAAACACAUCGCUAAGUAGAGAUCAAGUGUGAGUGUAAAGUGUUGUGAUUGUGUGAAAAUGUGCCAAAGAACCACAGCAGAGUACGAGGAGGAACUUUGUCCAACAAAAGAGGAGAAGGAGCGACAACAUGAAAAACAUCAAGUUGUGUUACACAGAACAGACAUCCAUCAGCUGAUUGAACACCAAGAAGAAUGUCUCCCUCAUCUGCAGGGGGACAGUUUCACUUUAGAGUAUCCACAGCCCUCACAUUUUAAAGGGGACAAAGAUGAGCCACAGCCCUCUUAUUUCAAAGAGGAAGAGGAGGGAGAGUGUCCUGUAGGGCAGGAGGAGGCUGAUGUCAGCAAGUUUCCACUGACUGUUGUCUCUGUGAAGACUGAAGAGCAUGAAGACAAACCACCUGAGUCCUCACAGCUUCAUCACAGUCCAAUACUCUACACAGCACCCAGCAUUGUCCCACCCACACAACCAUCUGAUUGGUUACAGACAGAGCAGUAACAGCCAAUCAGCAGUGUGUGUCAUGAGCAGACGUCGAAGAAGAACCUCUACCCCGUGAGCAGGAGGAACCACGGUCCCCCCACAUACGUGAGGAAGAAGAGGUACCACAUUCCCAACACAUUAGAGAGGGAGGAGAGGAGCCACACACCCAUAAUGUUAAACUGACCCUUCACAUUAAAGGGCAAGCGGAGGACCCACUGAUCUUACACAUCAAAAAUGAAGAGGAGGACCCACUGACCCCUCACUUUAAGGAGCAAGAGAACCUGCUGACCCCUCACAUUAAAAAGGAAGAGGAGGACCAAGAGCCACCGCACAUUAGAGAGGAAGAGGAGGAAGAGGGCAUCAGUCAGCCUAAAUGGUUGGAGGAGUUCCCAGUGACUGGUGUCCCUGUGAAGAGUGAAGAUGAUGAGGUGAAAGGUGAAAGUGAGGAGAGGGGAGGGGGGGAGCCUCCAAGCAGCAGCUCAACACAACACAUGACAACAGAAGCUGAUGGAGACCACUGUGGAGGAUCACAAGCAGACAAGCUCUUAGCUCCACUAUCAGAUAGUGAGGACACAACGUCACACUCUCCUGACACUGAUGAUGAAGACUCUAAAGAUGAUAAGACAUGUCACACUGACAACACUCACUUCACAUGUCCUCACUGUCACAAAACCUUUAAAUACCAUUGUAGUCUGAAAGUACACAUGAGAACACACAUUGGAGAAAAACCUUUUUCUUGCUCAGUAUGUGGUGAAGGUUUUGUUCGAAGUGAACAUUUGAAAGUACACAAGAGAACACACACUGGUGAAAAACCUUUUGUCUGUUCAAUAUGUGGUAAAGGUUUUGCACACAGUAACAAUUUAAAAAGACACAUGAGAACAGACACAGGUGAAAAACCUUUUUUCUGUUCAACCUGUGGUAAAGGAUUUACACAAAGUACAGAUGUGAAAGUCCACAUGAGAACACACACUGGUGAAAAAGCUUUUUCCUGUUCAACCUGUGGUAAAUGUUUUACACAAAGUCUGAGUUUGAAAAGACACAUGAGAACACACACUGGUGAAAAACCUUUUUCCUGUUCAAUCUGCAACAGAAGCUUUGGUGAACGAUCAAGCCUUGUAGCACACAUGAGAAGACACCCGGGAGAGAAAGUGUUGAGUUGCAGUGUGUGUGGUGAAAGAUUGUCUUCUAAGUACCAGUGUAAGAAACACAAGUGUGCUGGUGAGAACAGCAGCAGCAAAUGAAACUGCAGGAUUUGAAAUAAACUGUCCAGACUUUCAUUUUGACUUUCUAACAACAUCAGCACAUAUAACAUGUGUGACAUUCAGAGGUGGGUAGAGUAGCCAGAAAUUGUACUCAAGUAAGAGUGCUGUUACUUUAAAGAUUUAUUACUCAAGUAAAAGUAAGGAGUAGUCACCCAAAUAUUUACUUGAGUAAAAGUAAAAAAGUAUGUUGUGAAAAAACUACUCAAGUACUGAGUAACUGAUGAGUAACCUGUUUGUUUAAUGAUUACGGCAACAAAUAAUGCACAAAAACAUAAAAAUAGCAAUGAGCAAAUUCAGAGCCAGGAAUAUCUCUUAAGCAACUAAAACAAUAAUAUGUAUUAAAUAAUAGUACAUUAAAAUAAAAUUUAAAAAAUGGCACAUUGAGCCACAAUAACUUAACAGCACCAUAGCCUCAGUAGGCAUUCAUUGAUUUGAUUGAUUGAUUGAUUGAUUGAUUUAUUGAUUGAUUGAAACUUGUAUUAGUAGAUUGCACAGUACAGUACAUAUUCUGUACAAUUGACCACUAAAUGGUAACACCACAAUAAGUUUUUCAACGUUUAUCAAUUACUUAGUAAAUGACCAAGUCGAGGUGAUCUACCUCAUAUAUACAUAUACAUACACACACAUAACAUUUAUACACACACAUAACAUUCAUACACACACAUAACAUUCAUACACACACAUAUUAUAUAUAUAUACAGUAUAUAAGUAAUAUGUAUAUAUGUAUAUAUAUACACAUUUAUAUAUACAGUAUAUAAUUUAUAUUUAUUUAUUUUGCCGUUUUUGUUGACAUGUUGAAGGUGUUUUAAUGAAUAUACAUGCAUGUUUAACAUAUAGAUUCCUAUCUUUCAUGAAGACAAGAAUAUAAGUUGGUGUAUUACCUGAUUCUGAUGACUUGCAUUGAUUGGAAUCAGACGUCCACGUUUUCAAAUGGAGGAGAAAAAAAGUUCCUCCUUCCUGUCUAAUACCACACGAAAGUCGUUGGUUUUUGGCAUCUUAUUUGUCCAGCUUCCAUAUUCGUUUUUAUACACUUUACAAGAAAUACAUUGGCGGCAAUCUCCGUUGCUUGCUAGCUCGUUUGCGCUGGCUUUCGGAGACUCUUAUUUUUUUAACGCAGGCGCGAUGGAGCAGCGCUUUUAUUGUGAAGACAGGAACUGUGCGAUCAGUCUUUAGGCCUUUGACGGGAAGUACGGUUGAAAUAAAAAGUGUCUUUUUUCUUUACAGUUUUGAUUGAUUGAUUGAAACUUGUAUUAUUAGAUUUCACACUACAGUUCAUAUUCCGUCCAAUUGACCACUAAAUGGUAACACCCCAAUAAGUUUGUCAACACGUUCAAGUCGGGUUUUACGUAUCACGGUCAUGUGACCACCUGGCUCUGUUUGAUUGGUCCAACGUCACCAGUGACUGCAUGUGAUUGGUGAAACGCAGGCAUGUGUAGUUCCUACUUUGAAGCUCUGUCAUUAACCAAAAUAAACAUUAAUAGAUCCAUAAAAAAAAGUAGCGAGUAGCGAGCUUAAUGUAGAUAAAUGGAACGGAGUAAAAGUAGCGUUUCUUCUCUAUAAAUAUACUGAAGUAAAAGUAUGUUGCAUAAAAACUACUCGUAGAAGUACAAUUUAUCCCAAAAGUUACUCAAGUAAAUGUAACGGAGUAAAUGUAACGCGUUACUACCCACCUCUGGUGACAUUGUUGUUUGAGUAACAAUAUUUUUAAUGUGCUUCUACAUUUAUAGAUUAGAUAUUUUAUAUUAGUGCUAUUUUAAGUCUAGCACAUGCCUUAAUAUGCAACAAUGUGUACUUUUAUUAAAAAAAAAUGAAAGAACAAUUUGAGUAAAAAGGUGAGAGUAAACAGUACGAGACUUAUUUUACAUGGAAAAAACAUUUUGUGUGUAUGUACACACACACACGCGCACACAUACACACACACACACACACACACAUAUAUAUAUAUAUAUAUAUAUAUAUAUAUAUACAUAUAUAGAUAGAUUUCGUCAUGCAAUUUCAGAUUUAUAUGAAAUAUUGAAGUAUUACAUAUUUGUAUUUGUAAUUGUUGAUAACCCCAUAGAUUAUCACCUUUAUAUGAUAUACAUAUGUACUGGUUCACAUCUGAAACAUCUUCUGGACCACUUCAGGAAGCAUAUUAUUAUUUACUUUAUACAUCAUUUGAACAGUUGUCUUUUAUACAAUUUUAAAAUGUGUGACUUUAUGAAUCAUUUGUUGGUUCUCUAUAAUCUAUUUUAUUCAUUAUCGUUAUUACUCUGUAUUAUAAUGAUUGUGUUGUGAUUGUUUUAUAAGUAUGUCCCCUGACCUUUAUGCAAUAUAAAUGUGAAAGGAUGUUUUUUUUUUUACAAACUUACAUUUGUGGAUACAUCAAAUAAAUCCAGUAUUGUGUUUUAAACAUUUUUUAUGUGUUUUUUUUUUUUCUUUUUCAACAUCCCCAAAACAACAUCAAUAUCAGUCAAAGUUUGGAGUGUCAGACAAAAGCCAAUAUUGUACAUCAUCCCACAGAGAUUUACUUUGCAUACAUUCUUAAAAUAAACUGUUUAUUUUGUUUCC